GCCUCCUUGGUGAGCUGGUGGGAUGGACGCGAUGGCGCCUGCGCCCAGGCCCCCCCUUGGAAACGCGGUGGACGCUGCCGAGCCGGCGUUGGCGACGCCCUCUGGCAAGCCGGGCGCCGCUGUCGGAACCAUGAAACUCACUCGCAAGGCGGUGCUGUCCCGGGCGAAGGCCACCGAGCUGGGCAGCGUCCGCAAGUUGAAUUGCUGGGGUAGCCGCCUCACAGAUAUUUCGAUCUGCCAUGAGCUUCCCAACAUUCAGGUGAUCACUUUCAGUGUGAAUAACAUAUCUGACCUGGAGCCAGUGAGCCAGUGCCAGCACUUAACUGAGCUAUAUCUAAGGAAGAAUCGGAUUGCAAGCCUCACUGAGCUGUUCUACCUGAAAAAACUGCCCCAUCUGAGAAUUCUCUGGCUAUCUGAAAAUCCGUGCUGUGGCCCAGACCCUCAUCGUUAUCGCAUGACAGUGCUGCGGAACCUGCCCAGUCUCCAAAAGCUUGACAAUCAGUUGGUGACAGAGGAAGAAUUGUCCCACGCACUGCUGGAAGGGGAAGAGAUAACCGCACCCCCAGCCAAAUUGGACUUGGAUAACUGCUGCCAAAAUACCACCACAGAGUCCAGUGGGACAGACUUCACGGUGGAGAGUGAAAAUGAACUCAUGAACUUCAGCUUGGAGGAGACAAACAAAAUCCGUCAGCAGCUUGGUAUGAAGCCUGUUCCAAGAGAUAGGUUUUCAUCCUUCUCCCCAAGGGACAUGGAUGGGAACCAAAAAAAUCGGAAUAACAUCCUGAAUGCCAUUCUGCUGCUUUUGGAGGAUCUGGAUUUGGAGGGGCUAGAAGUUGUCCAUCAGACAUCUGGGAACAAACUCCAGGCCUUGCAGAAGAAGGAACUGCAUGAGGAGCGGUAGCAAACCCCAGGCAGUGAACCCUUGAAUCAGAGUGGCAUCACCAGCUCUCACUGAAUGCUCCUCAUGUUGCUAUGUCACAUAUGGGAGGAACUGACAUUCAUCCACCCGUGCUUCACACAUUGGGGUCCUGCUCUGUACUGAGAUUCCAUGCGUCAUCACAACUCACAUGCUUGUAUCAGGGCAUCUUCUGCCAAGUGUCCUGCAAAGACACUCCAUCAACAAGGUGAACAAGCAAGCCCCAAACCAUGGAAGGUAGUUUUCACAUGAAAGGGAAGAGGUUGUUAUGCCCUCUAUGUUUAAGAUGUGCCUCCAGCUAGAAUUGCUCCCAGUCUGGCUGUGUUAAGAAUAAGCCUCGACUGUAGCAGUUCUGUUAGCAUGACGUUCUUCCAUUGUAUUGCACUGCUGUGCUGGUGCAAGAAUCAACUUGACGCCUCCCUCCUCCUACCCUGAGGAGCUUUCUACAGUAGUUUGGCCUGUUGAGGCCAAGUUUCGUAGGGUCCUUAUGCAAUCAUUGAACUUUUAAAUUUAGUGGUAGACUUCACACUCAGUGGCACCACUUUAGUCUUUGGACUAGAAAACAGGAGCAUAAACUGCAGUUAGACCAUUUGAUAAAGAAGUCUUGGAAGUCUGCUUUCUCCAAUCAGUUGCCCAGUUCAUUUUUUUCAAUAGCAGCAGGUGGAGGCAGCGUUUCUUUCCAUAGCAGUCCUUUUAGUACCUCUGAAGCAUUACUGCUCACAGGGGUCUUCAGCUUUUUUUUAAAAAAAAAAAAAGAAGCAAAAAAGCUGGUAUAAGCCUGUGGGUAAUAAUUCAGAGGACAAGAAGAGGGCAGUGUUUAUAAGCCAAACAGUCAUCAGCCUGGGAAUUGCUGCCUUGACUAGUGAUUAGACAGCUCGUCAGGUGUACUACUCUGGGAAAGAAACCAAACAGGAAACAUGCCAAUGAUGGAAUUUUUUUUUCAAAGCUAAAAAAGGGUUCUGGAAUCUUUUACUUUGUGUGCUAUAGGAACAAGCCUAAACAAAAAGCCAGCGUUUGCUAUGGUUGGCCAAUUUUCCAUAGUGAGAUGCACUAGAUUCUUAAUUUACUGUGUUCUCACAAACUGUUUUCCUGAGUACCACAAAUAAUGGUUAGCCCUUUCAAAAAUGUUUAGUCAUAACUGAUCACAGCAGAAAUUAAACUUGGCAUUCUCCUUGUUGAAUACCGAUGUGACCCCAAAUACUUGCAUUGAUGGGCUUCUUGUAAUAGAACUUGGCCCUCUUUUCCCAUAACUGAGUCAUUGUGCAUUCAUGUUACUUUAACCCCAAUGAGGAUUAGCUAUUUUGUGCCUAGCUGCUGCAAAACUGGAAAAUCUCUUUAUAGUUCAGUUUUCAGGGGAAAAAAAAUCAGUCCUAGUUAUGUGUCCCCAGGUAGCUUCUUUCAGGCUGCCAAGAGCCUUAAAUCAGUUAUAAUAAAUACUAAGGAGUCAUAAAGGGACCUUUCAUAUUUUUAAUUCACUUCUUGACUGGCAAAAAUGCAUUUGUACCUUUAUUUUAAAAGCUCCAGUUCAUGGCUCCCUAAUUUGCUCUUCUUUUGAGGUUUGUAUUAAGAACGGUCCAUAAAAACUGGUACUUUCAUGAUGGUAAUAAUUUCCAGGAAAAGCACCAGUUUUAUUUUGACUGAAAUGCCAGCCAAAAGCAGUCUUUAUAAGUGACACUGGGGGUUUUUUUUUAAGUAUGGGAUCUUAGUUGUAAAUGUUGUGUGUUGAAGGUGCAACAAUGUAGAUUUUUCAUUAAUUUUUGGAAGUAGAACAUAUAUAAAUGAUUAAAAGAAAAUAGCUUAUUUCUUAA